GUUCUCGCAAAAAUAACACCAUCAGGUGCUAUUCUCGACCACUCUCUAUGCGAUCCGGCUCUCUUGGAAAUCUCAUCUCCGGUCAAUAUCUUGGUUCUUUCUUUUCGUGUGUUCUGAUUAUUGAUAAAUAAUCUGUGGGGAGCGCGCUCGAUGAGACCCACCUGGCUGGGCUUCUAGAUGAGCUGCUGUCCGCCGCCCGACCGAUGGACAGCUCUUCGACCAACGGCGGCCUGUCCUCCUCCGCCCUCUUCGCCGACAACCUCAAGGGCCUCCUCCUCGCCGUCGCCUCCAGCGCCUUCAUCGGCGCCAGCUUCAUCUUCAAGAAGAAGGGCCUCAAGCGCUCUGGUGCAUCCGGCGCCCGCGCCGGCGUAGGUGGGUACGGGUAUCUCCUGGAGCCGCUCUGGUGGAUUGGAAUGAUCACCAUGAUUGUCGGAGAAAUCUCCAAUUUUGUAGCUUAUAUUUUUGCCCCCGCGGUUCUGGUGACGCCGUUGGGAGCUUUGAGCAUCAUAGUCAGCGCUGUUUUGGCUCAUUUCUUUCUAAAAGAGAAGCUUCAGAGGAUGGGUGUGUUAGGUUGUGUGCUUUGUAUCGUGGGAUCCACAGUAAUCGUGCUGCACGCCCCUGAGGAGAAGACCCCAAGCUCGGUGGAGCAGAUUUGGAAUUUGGCAACCCAGCCAGCCUUUCUUUUGUAUGCAGCAUCAGCAGCGGCGGUAUCACUUGUUCUGAUGUUGCAUUGCUCUCCGCGGUAUGGGCAGACAAACAUAAUGGUGUACUUGGGCAUAUGUUCCGCAAUUGGAUCUUUGACGGUGAUGAGUAUUAAAGCCAUAGGAAUUGCCAUUAAGCUUACUGUUGAAGGCAUCAACCAGGCUGGUUAUUUUCAGACGUGGGUGUUUGCUAUGGUUGCAAUCACCUGCAUCAUUAUUCAGUUAAUUUAUCUGAACAAGGCGUUGGAUACUUUCAACACUGCAGUUGUUUCACCCAUCUACUAUGCCAUGUUCACAACUCUCACAAUAUUUGCAAGUGCCAUUAUGUUCAAGGAUUGGUCUGGACAGAGUGCAAGUAAUAUCGCAUCAGAGAUUUGCGGGAUAAUUACAGUACUUUCUGGAACAACGGUACUGCAUUCUACAAGAGAGCCAGAUCCACCUUCCUCUACAGAUUUGUAUACACCACUUCCACCUAAAAUAUUCUGGCACAUCCAAGGCAAUGGAGAACUAGGAAAGCACAAGGAUGAUGAUUUGUUAUCUGCCGAGUUCAUCACUGUGGUGCGACAAGACUACUUCACCUAGAAAGCUAGGAUGGCAGGUUGCUAUAUGCUGAACUCGUUGCUGCUGUGUCAGAGAGGUUUUCCCUUUGAGGCCCUUGCUUACCGGUCUCGUUAAUACCUGCCUCAGCCUUCAUUGGCUCAAAGUGGUAUAGAAAGUUUUGUAGGUUAUAAAAGGGCUUAGUGAUUGAAGAAGUUAAUUGGAUUGUUCUUUUUUUUUUAGCCAUCUUUGCUUGCAUCACUGUCCCAUGUAGUUUCAUGUGCCUUUGUUUCUGUCAGUCUCUUGUCAUCAGUUAGUCCUGGCCAUGUAUUACUAGGGCCAUAUUCCCUUUGUUAAGUCUGUCAUCUGGUUGGUAGAGCCUGGGUUGUAUUAGUUGGUCUAACCCUGGUAUAAACAAGCGCGGAGAAUGAUCUUGAUUGUAAUUUUGUUUGUGUAAUUUGAUGUACAAGUUAAUAUACAGUCAACAAUUUUUCGGCCUUUCUUUUGGUA